UGUCGAUUUGCUUCCAUCUUCUCUACCUUUAUCAAGAUUCAGUAAAUAUGUCAUCCAAAAAAUUGCAAGGAUCUGAAUUCUCUGUGUCAUCUGCAGAGCAGCAAGCUAAGAUCAAUGAGAUUAGAAAGCUUAUUGGUCCUGCUAUUAACAAGUUUCCAGCAAUGUGUUCGGAUGCAUCAAUUCUAAGGUUUCUCAGGGCACGAAAUUGGCAUACAAAAAGGUCAGCCAAGAUGCUAAAAGAAGCACUGAUAUGGAGACUUGAAAACAAACCAGACAUGAUUCGUUGGGAUGAUAUUGCUCAACAAGCAGAACCUGCAAAUGUUUACAUAGCCAACUACUCGGACAAGUAUGGAAGGACUGUGCUUGUCAUGAAGCCUGGAAUACCGAAUCCUUACUCAGUAGAGCAACAAAUGAGAUAUCUAGUCUAUUGCAUGGAGAGUUCAAUACUUAGUUUAAAAUCGGGGCAGGAGCAAAUGGUUUGGUUAAUUGACUUUGAAGGGUGGAACAUGUCAAGCAUAUCAGUAAAGGUGACUAGGGAAACAGCACGCGUUCUGCAAGAUUGUUACCCAGAGAGGCUAGGUCUUGCAAUCCUUUAUAAUCCACCAAAAGUUUUCGAGUCCUUCUGGAUUUUAGUAAAACCAUUUCUUGAGAAGAGGACAUACAAGAAGGUGAAGUUUGUAUAUCCAAAUGAUGUACAUACUCAAAAAAUAAUGGAAGAUCUGUUUGAUAUGGACAAGCUUGAAUCCUCGUUCGGAGGGAAAUGGACACAAAAUUUUGACUAUGUUGCUUACUCCAAACGCAUGAGAGAGGGGGACACGAAGAUGACUGAUUUUGUUAUUUCUGGUGCUCCAUUGCCCUCUGAUCAAUAUGUGACAGCUGAGACACGAGAAUCCUCAGCACUAGAUAAUAGUUUCGAGUUAUCUGAGGAUGGUAUAUCGUCUACUGAUGAAACAACAUCCAAUUUGGAAAGUUCAGACGAGACUGAAGAUUUGCAGAUGACCUGUAAAGAUGGCAUCAAAGUUGAUCCAAAUGCUACAAAACAGAUAAAACAAAGCGACUAGACAUGAGACGCAACCUCUUUUUUCCCUUUGCUCUUUCAUUAUUCUGUAUUUCAUUGCAAAUUGUCUAUUAUUUAAACAUGUUUAAUAACUAGUUGUAGUUUUUGGUACAUAACUUUUGUGCAGACAGAUUAAUAUA